AUGGAGCAGCAGCCUGCAGACACAUCUCUUCCUAUCUUGCAGUUCAAAGAAAAGAUUCUUCAGGAGAUCAACAGCAACACAGUCACAUGCAUCCAAGGAGAAACAGGAUGUGGCAAGAGCUCGAUGGUCCCUCAAUUCAUCCUCGAUGAUGCCAGGGCAAGACGACAGAGGGUCAACGUUAUUGUAUCACAACCACGAAGGCUUGCGGCUGUGGCGCUUGCGAGAAGGGUUGCGAGUCAAAACAACGAGAAGAUUGGAAAAACUAUUGGCUAUCGUAUUGGUCAAGGAGAUCACGUUGUGUCCAUGGAGACUCAGGUCACUUUCGUGACGAUAGGAUACUUGCUUCACAAGCUCUACCAUAACCCUAAAACCUUCUUCAAGAGUUCCCAUGUCGUCUUAGAUGAGGUGCAUGAACGAGGAAUGGACUCUGAUCUCCUGAACCUGCUGAUCAAGAAGCUGAUGGAGAACAGUAAGUCAAGCACAAAGCUGAUCAUCAUGUCUGCAACCCUACAAGCCAACCUCUUCAGCCAGUUUUUCACCCCUGUUGGCGAGAAGGUCAGGGAUACAAUCUUCGUUGGAGCGAAGAGAUACCACGUUGAUGUUUAUUUCCUGGACGAGUGGAAGAAUUUUCACAGAUCCUUUAUGAAUGACAAGAAUCUCAAUAAUCUCUUGGGACAGUUCAAGAUUCAAAACAAAGAAAAUCAGGGAAACAAGCUGAAACCUGAGGUGAGAAAGAUUUUGAACAAAGACUCCUGCACCCUCAUAAUCAAUCUGCUUGCAAAGAUUGUCAAGCCCGACAUCUGCAUUCUGGUCUUCCUUCCCGGCAUCGGCGAUAUUGAAUCCUUGCAGGAAGAUAUCAGAAGUAGCUCCUUGAGCUCCCCUCUCCAGAUCCUCGUCCUACACUCGUUGGUCUCCCGCGAACAACAGGAAGCAGCGAUUCUUCCAGCAACGGCUGGACACUGCAAGCUGAUCCUCUCAACCAACAUCGCUGAGAGCUCCAUCACCAUCCCCGAUGUCCUCUACGUCAUUGACUCAUGCCUGAGCAAGGAAAUCCACUUCGACGAGAAAAGGAACAUGCCGGCACUGCUCGGGGCAUGGUGCUCGCAGUCUUCUGCUAAGCAGCGACAGGGGAGAGCAGGAAGAGUUGCGCCCGGCUUCGUCUUCCAUCUCGUUCCCCGGCACUUUCACGACAAUGUCAUGCUCCCGUUUGCAGAAGCAGAGAUUUCUCGCCUUCCGCUCGAGAAAACCAUCCUCAAGGUCAAGAUCCUCCUCAAGAAGUUUGGCAGGCCUUCAGCUCUGCUUCAGCAGUCCCUUACUCCUCCUCCUCCAGCUCGCUUUGAGCUCGCAAUCAAAGAGCUCUUCAAGGUUGGCGCUUUAAUCCGCGAAGAAGAGACUUCACCUGUUACCCAGCUGGGAGUACUUGCCUCUGAACUCCCUGUUGAUCUUGUGCUUGUUAAGCUGCUCGUGCUGGGCAUAACCUGCUCCUGCCUCCCCGAAGCCAUCGUGAUGGCCUCUGCGCUCUCAGUCCAGGACAUUUUU